ACAGAAGCCCCGCCCCCUGCGUUGACGUAGCUCGUGGGAAACAUUUCUUUCCAGUGGUGAAAAUCUACAGCCAUCUACCUGAUCAGAUCUAUAGAUCCGUGGCGCAGAUACUGAUCGAUUUAUAGAGAAUGAGAGCGCGGCGCUGAGACCCGGGGCGGCGGGCUGGUGUAGACUUGCGCUGUUUACCUCCGGACCAGAGAGAACAGCACCCUACAGGAAACAGCGCGCGCGCACACACACACACUCUCUCACACACACACCCACACCACACACUCUCUCACACACAGCGGAUGAGUGAAGAAGAAUUCAGCUGCAGUCCAGAGCGAAAGACCCAAAACCCGGAGCAGCUGAAUAAACACCAGAGUCCAGGUAUGGCAGAGUUGCUGCGAGUGCUGCUCAGUGUGUCGGAGAAGGCGGCAAAUGUGGCUCGAGUGUGCAGGCAGGAGGCGGCACUGUUCGAACUGCUGGUUCAGGAGAAGACUGGACCCGACAAGAACAAGAAGUUCGUCCAGGACUUUAAAACACUCGCCGACGUUCUGAUCCAAGAAAUGAUCCGACACGAUGUCUGCGCUCAGUUCCCAGAGCUGGCUGGAUUUAUUUACGGAGAAGAAUCAAACAAGUUCGAGAAUGGACUCGGAGAGAGUGUGACGGUUACGGUCUGUGCCAGAGAAGAGGACACGACUGCCCUGCUGGCCAAAGUUCUGGACGGUGAUCAGACGGCUGCAUCGCUCCUGACCAAGGCCAUCCACCAGGACCUUCAGGUCAAAGACGAGGGGGCGGAGUCUCUGCAGCUCGAUCUAAGCCCGACAGAUGUUGGUAUCUGGAUUGAUCCCAUUGAUGGUACCAGUCAGUAUAUCGAGGGAAAAGAGGAAGAGAUGACUGAUGAAGGCUUCUGCUCCUCUGGGCUUCCAUGUGCGCUGGUUCUGAUUGGGGCUUACCUGCGUUCCACUGGAGAACCAGUAAUGGGCGUCAUCAAUCAACCGUUUAACCACAAAGACUCAACAGGCAAGGGGUGGGUGGGGCAGCACUUCUGGGGCGUGUCCUAUGGAGGAGUCAACGCUUGCUCCUUCCCGAAUCCCAAACUCUCUCUUGGGAAGAAACGCGACGCCCUCUCGGUGGUCCUGAGCUCCAGCGAGAGACAGGUAGUGAAGGAUGCUCUAACGCCGCUGUGUAACUGUCACCUGACCUACGCCUCCGGAGCCGGCUACAAGAUCCUGUGCGUCAUUCUCGGCCUCGUAGACGUUUACGUGCUCUCCGAGGCCAGCACCUAUAAGUGGGAUUCCUGUGCCCCCCACGCCGUGCUCCGGGCACUUGGGGGAGGGGUUUCUGACAUGGGGGCAUGUCUGUCUGCCACCAGCAACGGAAACAAGAGCUUCAAAAGCGAACUCACUUAUCAUACGCCCCAAGCUGGGUGUCAGGGCGUAGACAAGUGGGCAAACCAAGGAGGCUUGGUGGCGUAUUUGGACUUGGCAGUGUUAGACAGGGUUGUCGGGGCACUUGUAGGUAAAAUAUAAGAGAUUUUAUCAUUAGUUUUAUUUGUGAGAUGUUUAUCUUAGUUAUGUAUUUUACAUUGACAUAGAUCUUUAUUAUAUCUGGCAUUAUAGGCUAUUGUAAGUAGUCAGAGAUUUACAAUGUGGUGCCAAAAAAAUUAUUUUUACAGUGUGUAUAUAUAAAUGUAUGUGUAUACACUUCAUCAUUAAAGAAAUAGUUGCACCUAGAAGGUAUCAACCAACAGGAAUGAAAGCCCAAUGUCACGUCAUUACAGUCCUGCAACCAGUGGCCCUACUUUUUUCUGAAUGCAUGCUACAGUGCGCUAUUUCAAAGGAAUAAUGCUUGUCCACACACUGCUACCAUCAUAACAGUUACUAUGCCAUGGCCAGCCAAAUCACCAGACCUGUCCUCAAAUAGCAUUCAGUCUGACACAUUUGAAUCUUCUUGGUGCAACUACUGUAUUUUUUUUGAUGAGGAAUAUAUAUACAUUAUACAUGUUUCUGCCUGACAGUGACCCUAUAUAUGUAUAUGUUUAAUCACUGUCAUACUAUGAAAAGAUCCUGACUGGGAUCUGUAUAAUUAUUAUUUUAUUAAGUUAGCAUACUUUACGUUGAUCACAUUUAUAUGUGCAUUAUUUUUAAACUAGAAAAAUGGCUUAACAGCCAGUAUACACAAACGUUAAAUGUACUGUAGUGAAUAUAUGCAUAUAUGUUGCAAUGCCUAUUAUGUUUUAAGAUGCAUUAUGUAAUUAUCUUUUUAAAAAUAAUAAAAUUUAAGAAGUAUAUAAGUAAAUGCUACAUCUGUAAUAAGUUAUGUAAAAGAGUAAUGCAAAAAGUUUUUUUUUUUUUUAAGUUGUAAAAUGUACUCUGAUGAACUUAUCCUGUGCAACACAAGUAA